AUGUACAACCUGUCACCGGGCAGUGGGCCGCCCCACGCGUUGACGGGUCCCCACGACGGCGUUGGGGAGGGCCAAUCCAACUUCGACAGCAGCGCCACUCAUCAGAGCAGUAGCUAUAGUGAAGCACCAGGUACGUGUGGCGAUCAUGCCAUGGGACAGCUGUCAUGCAUGGGCCUUCCAACACACCUCCGCACCUUCCCACCCCCCGUACACAGCACAAGUUUCCAUGACGUUGGAGGAGGCGCUGGCGAGUGCCCUGAGCCACUUGGCCAAUGCUCGAUGAAUCCUGUUCAGCGCUAUAGCGACAACUUGGACUGUCGGACCAGCGAAACGAUCCCAUUCUCUGCCGAAUCCCCGAGGGUAGGGCCUAGCUCCAGCAUCUCCGCAAUCGCCACCGUGCUGCUGCCACCAGAGACACGACCUGUUCAGCACAAUAGCGACGAUGACGGCUCACGGAGUAACACAGCGAGCGCGGGGGCGUAUCUCACGCCGGAGAUGCCGCAGGGCCGAUUCAUCGUUGUGAGCCUGCUCUCCACCUGGGGCGACGUUCACGAGGUGGGGAUAAAUGGGAUAGAAGUCUUCAACGAAAAUGGCGAGCGUCUCAUUCCUCCGCCAGAGUGCCUGCGACAUUCAUUGAGUCCACCCCUUCCGGUUGCGGGAGAGGGCGACGAGAGCGCACCGCAGGAACGAAUACGGGUGGUGGACGGGCACUAUGCAGCCUCGUACAUUACGCCACAGCGUGGCCUCACCGUGAUGGUGGAGUACCCCGCCAAAAACGUCCAUCACUUGGCGACAGCUGCAGCAGCUGACGUUAAUAACGAAGUCCCUCGCUGCCGUGUGGAAAACCUGGUGAAUGGAAUUCACAACACCCACGAUGACACUAAACUCUUUGUGAUGCCGUUUACUCCAAACGCCCAUCACCAGAUUUGCUUUGUCCUUCCCAGGAGCGUUGUCAUUUCAAUGGUGCGGGUUCACAAUUACGGCGGCCGUGGACGGGUGCACACGGAUAAGGGGGUGCGCCUGCUUGAGAUGACUGUCGAUGACAAACUUGUCUUUCGCGGUGAAAUUGUCCCCAACAAUGGUGCGGUGUUACCUCUGCAUCGCGUUGGUCUGGAAAACUGUGAAAAUAUCCUCUUCACAGAGGAUUCACGGGUGCUUCGGCGGCUGCUGGCCGUGCCUCCAACGGAGGCGUUUGUUCAAGAUAUGCCGUGGAGGAAGGAACGAGCGACAGCUGCUGAAAUGCCUCCACACGGACACGGUUGUGUUCACCGGUCAGCAACGAUAGCCACAGUGUUGUUUGGCGCUGCCAACGAAGAUAAGUCACAUCGCAUUGGAGGCGAGAGAGGCGUGGUGGUCCCUGCCUCCCUUUCUGUGAAGUUGGACGAACACCCUUUCCCCUACCGCAGUACUGCAGGACUUCUUGCAAAAAAUACAACGUCAGUUAGUGGAUCUGGGCGCAGCCGGUUAUCAAGAUCUCUGAGCAUGCAUUCUGGAUGUCCUACAGAUGUGACAUCUAUUUGUUUUUUUUUGCUUUGUACAUGGGGUGACACGGAGCAGAUUGGACUGAGUGGGUUACGUUUUCGUGACGCACAGGGCAAUAUGGUGAGUCAGCAUAUUUCUCACUGGUACGUGAUGUUUCCGUCGCAGGCACAGGCGCAGAUAAGUGAUGAGGUUGGCGCCUGGGAGGACAAUCUUGUGUACCUCUUUGACGAGAAUGCUGAGACCGCCUUAACGCUUCCAUUUGAACCAUGUAUUGAACUUAUCUUUGUCUUUGACGCCCCGCUGCCCACGCUGGGGUUUGUGGAGGUGGCAAACUACUCCCUUGGCGAGCACACCUUCAGUGGAGUAAAGGAAGCACGUUUGUUUGUUUCCUCUGCCACUCCAGGGUGGUCCCCAAGUGCCCUUGUUGCGGCGUACUCGACAUUGUGGUCUGAAAAUGCUGAAUUUAUGCAGACCACCUUGACAUCGCACGGUAUCGUGGAAGUUACACCAGAGGCAGGCGUGAGUCUACGCAAGGCACCAGCCUUCCUCUCCAUUCCACGAUUUCAGGUGUAUGACUUGUCGUUGUCCACAGGACUACGGGCUAUGGCUGCAGGGAACGUUACAUUGCACAGCUCACUCAUGCGCAGCUUGAGUGCUUCCAUGAACAUACGAGCAGAGAUGGCCCUACGACGAGCUCGCAUGUCGUUGAAGCCGCGACCGCAGUGGCUGCUAGAGUAUCAGACCUACCUCACCCCACUUCUCCCUGUUGCGUAUGUAUUGAAGGUGUCUCUUUUGCUCGGCGCGCGGAGUGCGGUGGAGCUUAAGAAGUAUGCGAAGGAAUGGAUGAUGCAUCCACUAAGUGCCUGUACCUUUACGGACGAGAAUGGGGAGACCAUCCGCGUGAGUAGCCGUGCUGGGGAGAAGCGUGCGGAGGACUCUUUCAGGGAUGCCUGGGACGGUUGCGGCAAGGAGGCAAGCCACACCUUUGUGACGGAGUGCCUCUUCACUGUUCACCCUACUGCACUACAGGAAGACGCUGAGGCCGCCGCGGCCGCCGCGCAGGCGGGCAUUCAUGCUUCGGUAUUUCAGGCUUCUCUCUCGUUGGUAUACGUGUCAGAUUCCCCGUUCUGUCUCUCCAUUCUGACGCUAAAACACCCACUGCUGCAGGAGGGCGGGGACGUGGCGUGGGUGCGACAGUUUCGUAUCUUUAUGGACGAUACGUUAGUCUUCGACAGCGGCGACGUUGGCGGGCCCCGACGUGCCCCGCUUGCCGCAGUUUCGAAGUCACCGUUUCUGCCGGGAACUGGGGACGCGGUGUUGCCGAUGAGGGAAACUGGCAGUACCGGUGACACAACGUACAGCACACGUCUAAAGCCGUUUGUCUUCUUUACGCUUGACGCCGCCAUGCCAGACGAGGCUUGCCGUGAGGGGAUGGGGAUGACAGGGUAA